CUCGCUGGCUACCGUGCUCGCGCACGCUUUCCCCUUCUUGCUCUUUUUUAAGACGGCAGUUUGGGAUGGCUACGCUCGUGGCGAGUUUAUACAUUUGUUCGAAACGGAUUUAAAGCCAGACGUGGAGAGAAUAAAUACCACAUAAAAAGGCGUCUCGCUUCAAAAUCAUUUUCACAGGCGCCUGGGAUUUUUAUGCCGAAAGCAUUAAGACGAAAGAAAAAGGGACGGCUUGAUUUGAAAAGACCGGUUGGUGUGGAGCCUGCUUCAGCCAGCCAAUCGGGAGUAAGUAUUUUCGCGCUGAUUGGGAUUAGAGUUCCUGCAAAGCCUGCGUUCGAGUUGCAGUAACUCGCCCUUCGGAUGAUGCCUCAAACAGAGUUUGAGGUUGCUAUACAUCAGAAUCUAUGGAUUUAAAUAUCAAAGGCAGCUCUUUACCGUUGAUCCCACAACACUUGAAUCCCAUCAGCAUGAAACAAAUACCUGAAGCAAUGGGCAAUAUGAGUAAUCCAGAACCAGAAGAAAUGAGCACUGAUCCAGUCACUCUUAUAGAUGAAGCUGCAGCUCAGUUGGCUGUCUCGUUCCAGGACAGCGUUUUUCAAAAAAUAAAUGUACACGAUUCUCGAGCUAAAACACUGAAGGACCUGACUUCUCGGGUAUUGAAUGGAGACCAGGAUAAAGUUGCAAAAUUUUGUGGUGAACCUCUCAAUUUGAAAGGAAAUGAAACUCCUCCACAGAACAUCAGCCCAAAAAAGAAAAGUGAAUCUCCUGAGAUAAAGCUAAAGAUCACAAAAACUAUAACCAAUGGAAAACCACACUUUGAGUCCCAUUUCUGUGAAGAUGGAGAAAGUGUUACCAAUGCAGUUAGUGCAGCAGCUUCAUCUAUUACAACAAAAAACAAAGAGGAUGGGGAGAGUGAUGUCAACAGUACUUCUCAAAAGAAUGUCACAUUUGAUGUGAGGUCUAACCAUGUUGCUUUACAUGCUGCAAUGUCACCAUCAGUUAAGAUCGAAAAGCUUGAUAUGUCUCAUGAUAAGGAGUUACACAAACGACUUGCACUUAAUCUUCAAGUGAAAUUCAACGCUGGAGAUAUAGUUUGGACAAAGGUAUCUGGAUACCCAUGGUGGCCUUGUAUGAUUGCUACUGAUCCUGUUCUAAACAAUCACAUAAAGCGAAAAGGACUCAACAGCAGAACGUCUGUGCAGUAUCAUCUUCAGUUUUUUGGUAGUGCACCCGAAAGAGCUUAUAUUUUUGAGAAGAGUAUCAUUCCCUUCAAAGGAGAGGAACAAUAUGAAGAUUUAUGCCAAGAGAGUGCUAAGCAGGGCACAUCAAAGAGUGAAAAGAAAAAGAUUCUUAAACCGAUACCAGCUAAAUUGCGUGUGCAGUGGGAUUUUGGUAUUUCUCAAGCAAAGGAAGCUUUAGGUAUGAGUGUAGAAGAGCGCAUGGCAAAAUAUUCAUUUGUUUAUGUUAAUGGGAGACCAAGACUGAAUCCACAUGUCCGUGCAGAAGUUGGUAUUGAAGAAGAGCCUCUUGGUGAAGCAGCUGAGACAUUAAGGCUAAAAGAAAGCAUAAGAGUCAAAGGUGACAAAGUAUAUUUUGUACCUAGUAAGAAGCGAAAGAAGGAUAGUGCCACACAGCUCAAAUUUUGUACUUCAAGAACUAAAAUUACAAGCUCCAGAAAGCAGCGUACACAAUCCAAAAUAAGAAAAAAAUCCACAAGUCUUAAAGGAGACAAGAAUGGUGUUUCAUGCUUCCCAAAGCAAAAAAAGGUUUUGCUGCAGGAUGAUGAGGCUAUUGCAAGUGCAGAAUUAUUUGGAGUCCAGAUGAGCCAGAAGAAUAAAAAGACAUCAAGGAUCACCAGCAAAAAAACUGGGCAGGUAACUGCCGCCACAGAAAAAGCUAGAGGACAGUGGAUGCGUAUUUCUCAGAAAAAAAAUGAAAAGGCUACAAAACCAAGAGGAAAAUCUGAAGUAUCACAAAGAAAAAAGCAGAUUAAAAGGCCAUUAGAACUUGAUGAACAUUUGAAAACCCUGGAGCCAAGGAAGAGGGCCAGAACAGACAGUAGUCUGAGCCCAAAGAAAAAACCUAAACAGUUGAAAAGGAAGCGAUCUCCAGAAAGAAUAGGCUUAAUGAUGGAAAAUAAAUAUACAGACAACUACAAACCAUUGAAAAAGUAUAAAAGACGUUUGAACAGUGAAACUACUAUAUCCUUUGGCAGCAAGAAUUCCUCCUUGCAGAACUCUUGCCCUGAGCAUGAGAAUUCAUUUGAAGGGCAUUCAGAGGACCGCCCAGAAUCGCCAUAUGAAAGUGCAGAUGAGACACAGACUGAAACUUCAGUGUCCUCAAAGAAAUCAGAGCGAGGAGGGAAUUCAAAGAAAGAAAGUGUUUGUCAGGUUUGUGAAGGUCCAGGUGAAAUGCUGCUGCUUUGUGAAGGACCGUGUUGCAGUUCUUUUCAUUUGAAUUGCUUGGGACUGAUUGAAAAACCAGAAGGAAAAUUUCUUUGCAAAGAUUGUACUUCAGGAAAUCAUUUUUGCUUUGCUUGCAAAAAGACAGAAGGUCAGGUGAAGCGCUGCAUGGUAUUUCAGUGUGGUAAAUUCUACCAUGAAGAUUGUGUGAGGAAAUAUUCUCUAUCAGUUUUUGAGAACAAGGGCUUCCGCUGCCCCUUGCACUCCUGCCUCAGUUGCUACGUCAGCAGACCUUCAAGACUGAAGGCCACAAAAGGUAAAUUGAUGAGAUGUGUACGUUGUCCUGUUGCGUAUCACACUGGAGAUGCCUGUAUUGCAGCUGGAUGUGAGGUUUUGACAUAUAACUCUAUUAUAUGCACCAACCAUUUCAAGUCCAAGAAAGGCUAUAGUCACCAUGCACAUGUCAACGUCAGCUGGUGCUUUGUGUGUUCAAAAGGAGGUAGUCUGUUGUGUUGUGAAUCAUGCCCUGCUGCAUUUCACCCAGAUUGUCUAAAUAUAGAGAUGCCUGCUGGAAGCUGGUACUGUAAUGACUGCAAGGCUGGAAAGAAGCCUCACUAUAGGGAUAUUAUAUGGGUCAAACUGGGAAAUUACAGAUGGUGGCCAGCAGAAAUUAGACAUCCAAAAAGUAUUCCUUUGAACAUCCAGCAUCUACGCCAUGAAACUGGAGAGUUUCCGGUGUUCUUUUUUGGAUCCAAGGAUUACUUUUGGACACACCAAGCCCGUGUUUUCCCAUACAUGGAAGGAGAUCAAGGGAGCAAAUACCAUCGAAUGAAAGGCAUCGGCAAAGUUUUCAAAACAGCACUUCAGGAAGCUGAGAUGCGUUUCAGACAGCUCAAAAUUGAGCGCGAGACUAGAGAGGCACAGGAAAAUGAACGAAAGCCACCUCCUUACAAACACAUUAAGGUUAACAAACCCUGUGGCAAAGUGCAGAUAUACACAGCAGACAUUUCUGAAAUCCCAAAGUGCAACUGUAAAACCACAGAUGAAAAUCCUUGCAGUUUUGAAUCGGAGUGCUUAAACAGAAUGCUGAUGUACGAGUGCCAUCCCGCUGUGUGCCCUGCAGGUGAACGUUGCCAGAACCAGUGCUUUACUAAACGUCAUUAUCCAGAAACCAAGAUAAUCAAAACAGCAGGAAAGGGAUGGGGGCUUAUAUGUAAGAGAGACAUCAAAAAGGGAGAGUUUGUCAAUGAAUAUAUUGGAGAGCUAAUAGACGAAGAAGAAUGUAGAGCAAGGAUAAAAUAUGCCCAAGAAAACGAUAUUACCCAUUUCUACAUGCUUACCAUUGACAAGGAUCGUAUUAUUGAUGCUGGUAUGAAAGGCAAUUAUUCUCGCUUCAUGAAUCACAGCUGUCAGCCGAACUGUGAAACACAGAAGUGGACAGUGAAUGGGGACACCAGGGUAGGAUUAUUUGCAGUCUGUGACAUACCUGCAGGUACUGAAUUGACCUUUAAUUAUAACCUUGACUGUUUGGGCAAUGAGAAAACUAUUUGUAGGUGUGGAGCUCCAAACUGCAGUGGUUUCCUUGGAGACAGACCUAAGAAUGCCUCCAGCAAUACUUCAGAAUUCAAAGGAAAGAAAGCUAAGAAGAAAAUGAAAAGGCGCAAGUCUCGAAAUGAAGGAAAGAAGUCUGAAGAUGAGUGCUUUCGCUGUGGUGAUGGUGGAGAGCUGGUUCUUUGUGAUAAGAAAUCCUGCACCAAGGCUUAUCAUCUUUCAUGCCUUGAUCUCACUAAACGUCCCUUUGGACGUUGGGACUGUCCUUGGCACCACUGUGAUGUCUGUGGAAAGAACUCUGUGACAUUUUGCCAGAUUUGCCCAAAUUCUUUUUGCAAAGAACAUGAAGAGGGAGUUGUAUUCAUUUCUCUGAAUGGAAAACUAUGCUGCUCAGAGCAUGAGGACCUAGACUCAAAUCAGGCUCAAGAGACAGUGGAGAAAGCACCCACACUGGAGAAGACAACUGUGAGAAAGUCCAAAGUUGCCAAGAUCUCCAAGAAAGCAUAGGCAUAAGAAAAAGGUGGCAAAGGACAAGAGACUAUUUGCAGUUCCAAGCUGCUAACACUAUUCUGUACAUAUUUAAUGACAGUUUUGAAGCAAACAGUUUUCACUGUACAGCAUAUUAUUUCUUCAGGGAAAGCAAAUUAUAUUUUUUUUCCUUCCUUUGAGCCACAAAAAUCAUUUAAAAUAUAUUAACCAGCAUUUUUGAUUUUUUUUUUUUUUGGUUACAUUUUCAUGCAUCUGCACUGAUACGGAACUGUGGUAAGCACAAACUUAAACUGUCAAAACCUUCAGUCUGCAAAGCAUUACAGUUACACUUGAAUAUUUUUUAGUUCUUUGGAAAUUUUAAUAUAGAAAAGAGAUAUAUUAAGCAACCAAAAUUUAAGUAAUACUGGAACUUGUAGAGAUUUGAAAGCUUCUCUCCAGAUAAUGACAUUGUAAUCUUAAGACACUAUCAGUAGCCUGUAAUUUAUCUCUUCCUGUAUUAGUGUAUUUUGCAUUUAAUAGGACAGUUUCAGUCUAGUCUUUAAAUCAAUGUAGCUGAAACAGUCUUUGUAAGAAAUGGUAUCAAUCAUGUUUAAUAAUUUGUUUCAGGUAUAUCUGGUGCUCCUGUGGCAGAAGAUCUAAUAUAUACACUUAAAACUA